GGGCGGCGAGCAUUGGAGACGAGCAGAAACCUCUGUUCGAUACACACCAUCAUUUUUAAUAUCUCUCCGGUGCUUUAAACAAAAAAAAUAAACAACAACAACAACAACAAAUAUCCUACCGCAGUCUGAAGUUGCAAUUUUGACAGUCCGUUGACUUUCGAGAAGAGCGGAUCGAGCCCGAGCGCUGCUGUUUGCUGCCGGGUAAAUUUGAGGCCAUCGACAUGUCAUCAUCGGCGAUCAAUGAAACGCUGGCGCCUGCCGCCUUCACCCAGGGCCAAAAAUCUUUCGACCCGUGGAGCGUGCCAGACUCAUUCACCGUCUCCGUAUUCGCUCCCGAUUACGUCAAGCCUCUUCUCCAUCCCCACUGGGAGACCCAAAAGGCCGUUCAUCCGCUAUGGGCUUACUUCUUUGGUCUCUACUAUCUUGUCAUGGGUAGCAUGGCGAUCUGUGGCAACGUGAUGGUGUUGAAGAUUUUCAGCAACUUUAAAUGUCUUCGUACCCCAGCUAACAUGCUAGUCAUCAAUUUGGCCGUCUCUGAUCUCAUGCUGAUGCUCAGUCUGAUUCCGGAAUCCGUCUACAAUUUCUUCCUGGGAGGACCUUGGCAGUUUGGUCACAUUGGGUGUCAGAUCCACUCAUUCUGCGGAGCGUUUUUUGGAUACAGCCAAAUUACAACGUUAACCAUCAUUAGCUGGGAUCGUUACAACGUCAUCGUCAAGGGAUUCAGUGGCAAGCCUCUGACUUACGCCAAAGUAUCUCUGCUUAUUUUAUUCAACUGGUUGUGGGCAUUCGGCUGGGCCCUGGCGCCGCUCGUCGGCUGGGGUCUCUAUGCCCUGGACGGAAUGCUCGGAACGUGUUCGUUCGACUCUUACACGACCACAAUGAACCACAAGAGCUACAUCCUGGCGUCGUGCUUCUUCCAGUUCGCCGGCCCCAUUAUCGUCAUUAUCGGCUGUUAUUUCUUCAUCGUCAAGGCCGUUUUCAACCACGAAGAGGAGCUGCGGGGUCAGGCCAAGAAGAUGAACGUCACUUCGCUCAGGAGCAUCAACAAGGAACAGGAGUUGGCCGUUUCGGCCGAGAUCCGGGCCGCCAAAGUGGCCGUCGUCAACAUUCUGCUGUGGAUCUUCGCCUGGGCUCCGUUCACGACCAUCGCCAUGGUGGGUACGUGGUACGAUGCGUCGUUCGUCACGCCGCUCAUGUCCGAGCUGCCCAUCAUUUGCGCCAAGACGUCGGCCCUCUACAACCCGGUCAUCUACGCCUUGUCUCAUCCAAAGUACCGCGAGUGCCUCAAGGAGCUCUACCCUUGGCUGUGCAUCAUGGUCGACGAACGCAAAACGGUCCGAGGCCGAAACGGCGACUCCAGUUCGGCCGUCACUUCCAUCAAAACCGAAACUUCCUCCGAAUGAAAUAACGAAACCGAUCUACUCCGCUCGAUUAAUCCGCUCGACUCGCAAACUUCCCCUUUAACGUUUAGAUUUACUUUGACGACGGUGCAAUAAACAACAUGAUUAUUGCAUAUUGGAAUGACAAUUUAAAAGCCCAGUGUUUCAUUUUAUGACUGCUGUGAUGACAGAGUCAUUCUCUUUCAUGCGCAUUAUUAUUUCCGCCCUGUCCGCUUCUUCAAUUCCCUGUGUGUGUACCCCCUAGGUGUAUUGUUUUGUAGUCGACCCUACAUUAAUUCGAAUAUUAAACAAUCUGGCAAUCUGACAA